AUGAAGUUCUGGUCUACCCUUCUUUUGGCAUCUUCGAGCUGCCUCGUUGACGCUUUCCCUGCUCUAUCCGUCCGCAACCUAGAAGGUCUCACCCCCGAGAAGCUCAACGGAGCGCUUGCAGAAGUUGAGAAGUUGCGCAACGAUAAGCGCUUCCUGCUCGACAUUCUCAAGCCUAUCGAGCGCACUGGCAAGCAUGCCUUCGUCGCACCAAAGGCGAACGACCAGCGUGGUCCAUGCCCAGGGCUCAACGCACUAGCGAACCACAACUACAUCUCCCAUAAUGGGAUUACCAGCUUUGCGGAGGUAGUAGCUGCUAUCAAUAAAGUAUUUGGCAUGGGUAUCGAGCUUGCUCUUAUCCUCGGUAUCAUGGGGACGGUGUGGACGGGCAAUCCGCUGUCCCUAAAUCCAGGUUUUUCCAUUGGAGGAGGUGGUAACGACAACCUUUUAGGCAACGUUCUAGGCCUUCUUGGCGAUCCCCGCGGUCUCCAAGGCUCUCACAACUGGAUCGAGUCCGAUUCCUCCCUUACCCGCGACGACCUCUACGUCACUGGCAACGCCUGGACGAUGAACAUGACUCUUUUCCGCGAUUUUCAUGAUCGUGCGGACGAGAACGGCGUUAUCUCCAUGGAUCUUCUCGCUGAUCAGGCUGCUCGGCGGUGGGAAUACAGCAUUAGGAACAACCCUAAUUUCUACUAUGGACCUGUCACAGGGAUGGUCAGUCGCAAUGCUGGCUACUUCUUCCUUGGUCGUCUAUUGUCCAACCAUACCGACGAGCACCCAGGUGGUAUUCUCACCCAGGAGGUGUUCAAGAAGUUCUUCGCUGUGUAUGAUGAUGGCUAUGGCGGUCUAGAGUACCGCGAGGGCCAUGAGACGUUCCCGCAGAACUGGUAUCGUAUCAAGGGCGAGUAUGGUCUUGCGCCUUUGAACUUGGAUAUCGUCAGCUGGGUCAUGAAACACCCUGAACUUGGCAGCAUCGGAGGCAACACCGGCAAAGUAAACACCUUCACCGGCGUUGCCCUCUCCAACAUCACCGGUGGCAUCCUCAACACAAGCACCCUCCUUGAAAAGAAUAACCUCCUUUGCUUCGUCUUCGAGGUCCUCAAAACCUUCUUGCCCAACUCGCUUUCCCCACUCCUCAAAACUCUUGAUGUCCCCAUCAAGUUGGUAAACGAUGUGCUUGCUGCACCGCUUCUCAGUCUUGCGUGUCCCGCAUGGAAGGAUCUGACGGAGGGUGGUGAGCCGCUGUGGGACGCACUUCAGAACAGCUUUACUGGUGCUCGUACCGCAGGUUCGAGUUUGUAG